AUGGCUGAGACGGUAGCUUCGACGCCCGCUGCGAUUCCUGUCGCAAAGGCUGCGCAGGUGACCGGUCUCCGCAAGAAUGGCAAAGGCUGGCACGAGACUAAGAGGCCCUUCCGUCCGACUGCGGGACAGACAGCGUAUGCGAAGCGCGUAGCGCGGGAGUCGCAGGUCAACGAGAUCAAGGCUACUGAGAAGGAGAUGAAGGCAGAGAAAGAGGAAGAGCGACAGCGGAGGAUUCAAGCCAUCAAGGACAAGCGCGCUGCGAAAGAGGAGAAGGAGCGCUAUGAGAAGAUGGCAGAGAAGAUGCACAAGAAACGUGUCGAGAGAUUGAAGAGGAGGGAGAAGCGCAACAAGCUGUUGAAGUCAUGA